UAACCAGCAUCAUGGCUGCUAGUGAGUUGACAUUAGAACAAAUUUAUCAGUUUUUAAAAGAAAAAGGUGGAAAGGUGAAGAAUCGUGAUGCUGUGCGUUACUUCAAGGGUUAUUUAACUGAUCCCCAAACUAAAGAGGAAAACAGAGUAAGAUUCAAAACUUACAUUAACACACUCUCGCAUACAAAGACAGAAGGCGAUGAAAAAGUGUUGAUACUCAAAACCAAAUAUCUGAAUUCGUUAGAUCCUCCCCCGUCCCCAAAACACCCAUCAUUAAUCCCAUCUCCUCAAAACGACCCCAGAAAUUCCAUAGGCAUUCCGCUGUCCCCGUCACUGCCCGACUUCAGUCCUCGACAGCCGCCUCCAUACAGGCCUCCUCCUCCAGUAAGUUCACCGAGUGCAUCUCUGGACAACAUAUCGUUCGGAUCACUCACGUCUCUGAAUGAAACUCCACAAGCACCUCCAAGGAGAAGGGACAUCGAAAGGACGAAAUCCGUCGCGGAAGAGACGACUCCGAAGAAGGGCAGUUGCGAUGCCGAUGCUAACAACGAAGACAAGCAGACGGUCAGUGUUAAGGAGAGGACGCAGAAGUUUAACAGGCUGGCAUCGGUGGAAGACGAGCUGAGUCCUAGGCAGCCUAAAUCUCCAGAGAAGAGCAAGAGCAGUUGGGGGGCCGACGAGGACGACGGCGCCUCCGUCAUCCCGUUGGAGCCGAAAAAAUGCAUGGAGUGGUACGUGACGGCGAGCAAGGGUGACUUUCAAGAACUUUUAAAGCUUGCUAAUGCGGAGCCGAGGCUGGUCAACAAAAAGAAUUAA